AUGAUCGACGUAUCUCAAAUAGAAAAUAAUCAAAAUAAAGAAGAGAAGGAACUCAAUUAUUUGGUCACGAUGAUAAAUCAUUUUUGUUCAUCAGCAACAGAUCUUGGUGCAGUCGAAGUGGAAGGUGAUUUAGCACUACGUCUAUUAAGUGAUGCAAAAGCAAUGCUACGAAAAACAACAACUGAUCUCAAGAGACAAAUAAAUUUAGAUGAUUUUGAUGAAUAA